ACCCGUUAAAACCAAGCCAUUAAACGUUAUGUAUUUUAAAUUGGACUAAUUAAAUACAGUGAUCUACUGUCCAUAUAUUUUUCUGCGCCAUACAUUUUGAUUUAAGAGUUUUAAAACGUUUAAUUCGACUGAGGUCAAAACAGUUUGAGAGGGCAUAUUAAUAUGGUUUUGUCAAUGGUCAAGGCAUUUCGAAGGAGCUAUAUACAACAACACUAUACUAAAGUUAAAGUGUGUGGUGUACUGGAUGUCUGGAUAGUAUGAUAUGUAUUACAAAUAUACAUAAGUUGUAGGCUUAUUUGUUUUUAUUAUAUUUAGAUAGACGAAUACAAAUAGUUGUAACAUAUUUAUUUUUCAUUUAAUUGUUUAUGAUGGUUUACAUUUAUUUUAUGACGAGCGGCUUCAAGUAAAAAUUGUGUUAAUUUGUCGAAAAGUUAAUUACUGUUAUAAUGGCGGAAGAAGAAUUUUCUUUUAAACGGACGUUUAUUACACAUACCCGAAGGAAAAUUGUACGCAGAUUUACAAGGUCUUUACCAAAUUUGAGGGUUUUACCCAGAGGAUGGCAUAAAAAAAUAUUCAUCAAAGCAACUAAUAAAUUGAGAAAAAUUCAUAUGAUUUGGAAAAAUAAAAGAUACAAAAUCUCACAAGAUUUAAAACGAAAAAAACAAAUUGAACUGAAAAUGCUCGCCGAAUAUCUUUUUAAAGACAAAAAAUGCAGCUAUGAAUGUAAUACACGUUGUCUGUUUUUGAUUGAACGGUUGAAUUCAUUAGAGAAGUAUUUGAAAAUGACAUUUAUGCGCACUCUAAAUGAAAAAUACCUAUAUGGUGUUAAAGUGGUAAAAUUCGACCGGAAAGGAUACAAACGAAGAACUAGACUGUUGAUAUUGACAAACAAAUCAUUGUGUUUAAACCAAAUACUUAAAAACAAAUUAAAACCCAAAGAAAAGAUACCAUUGGAUUUUGUAAAAAAAUUAGAAGUUACUUCGGGAAGGGAUAACUUUCUACUCAUCAAAAUUUCACCACAAUAUAAACACAAUAAGGGCGAUAUAAUUCUUGAAGUUCCAUAUUUAAUAGAAUUCGUUACUAAAUUUAUUAACAUCUCGGGCAACUAUAAGCUAUUAAAUAUAAACAGACUAGGUGUCAAUCAAACAUUAUUGCACGAUAUAAAAGGUUCCAAAAGUGGUGUUAUAGAGUUAAAGGAAGGCAAUUCCACGCCCAGUAUUACUAAAGAUAAGUACAAGAAUUUGAUCGUUUGUGGAUAAAAAUAUUAAAUACAAUUAGUAUAUUUUACGUCCAAAACUAGAUGUCUAUAUCAUCUAUAUUAUUGUCUGUUAUAGUGUUAUAUUUAUGUUAAAUAUUAUUGUAACUACAAUUUACGUAAUAUAAUUAAUAUACAACAUCAGUUAAUAUUAACUAACUACAUUUAAUAUUGUAUAUAAAAUAUAUUUUUUUUUAAUCUAUUUUAUUUUUUAUAUAACAAUAAUAAUAUUAUACACCUUAAAAACUUAUUUUAGUUUUGAUUUCUAGCAAUUUAUUUUCUAAGCGGAGCGAUGAAUGUAAAAAAUUUGUAAUAGUUUUCUAAAACGCAGGAAAAAACAAAAUAAAAGUUAUUAAAAAAAUGGAAUUUUUACUCAUAAUCGGUUUUCGACAAAAUCGAUUUUGGUUUUUGGCGUAACUCUAAAACAAAUAACCGUAGAUACAUGACAUUUUCACUGGUUGUUUGUAUUAACAUUUACGGAUAUUUUCAUUUUCCAAUAUUUUAGAUUCUGAGCGAAGCGAUGAAUGUAUUGAUUUUACAAUGAUGAUUUUAUUUUGUGUCUGUCACCACCUUAUAAUAGUAAAAUUAUUUCGGUAACAUAUUUUGUAUUGAUGGUAUUACAAAAUUGUUACAAUUUAAGGCAACAUAUAGGACUGAGCCCAUCUCGAGUUUGUGAUUACUUGAUAAAUUCAUAUUCCUCCCAAAACAAAAGGCUAAAUACGCCACUGGUUACAUAUAGACGGUACUUAGUUGAUUAAAUAAUACAGCUUAAAAUUAAAAUCUAACAUCAUAUUAAAAUAUAUAAUAUACCUAUUUUGUAUCAACGAAUUAAACUUUACUCAUAUUCAGGGUUAUUAUGUUUAAAACAAUGUUUUAAACAACUUGUUUCAAACAUGUUUAAAACAUAAAUUUUAAACAUUUGUUUUAAACGUUUUGUCAACUUUUUAAAACAAAUAAAAUAUAUGUUUAAAACAGUGAAUCCAAGUGAAUAUUGUGUUAUUUUAGAUUCCGAGCAAAGCGAUAAAUGUAUUAAUUUUAUAAUGAUGUGUUUUUUUUUAAUUUUUUAAUUUUUAUUUUUGUGUCUGUCAUCACCUUUUAGGACUGUAAAAGUGCUUGGAUUUUCUUCAACAGUAACUUUUCUGAUAGGAAAGUGAAUGUAGUUGGUACUUUGGGAGAUCAAAAGUAAAAAUUUCUCAGUAGUUUUCAAACGCGACGGGAAAAACAAAAGACAAAUUAAAGGAAAACUGGAAUUUUUACGCAAAAUCUGUUUUCGAGAAAAUCAAUUUUGGUUUUUGGUGCAACUCUAAAAUAACCGUAGGGACAUAAAAUUUUGACUGAAUGUAUACAUUUUAUAUUAGCAUUUUCUAUACACCAUACAAUUUUGAAAAUAUUUUGACUCUUUUUGAGCUAUUUACGAACAUUGUCAGUUUUCAAUUUUUUUAGUUUUUUUUUCUAUAAAUAUCAAUAAAAUUGUAUUUGUUGGUUAAAAAAGCUUGAAAAUUGAAUAGAAGACCUAGGUUAUUGUUUCAAAGGCAGAUGAAAAAAAUUAAAAAUCCUUAGUCACAGUUUUUAUUUAUAAGCAUUUAAAGUUCAAAUCUUAACAAAAUACGGAAAAUUCACGAAAAUUAGCAAAUUAUUUUGAGCUGAGAAUUCAUAAAAAUUUUUCUUUUUAAAUCUAAGAUUUGAAAAUGUAAUACAAGAUUAUCCAUAAGUUUGUCUAAUUUAUCAAAAAAAAAAAAAUGUCUACAAUAAAGUCAAAUUAAAUUUUUAUGAGCGUUUGAAAUUCAUAUUUUUACAACAUUUAACGGGAAACGAAGUGCACGGGUUCAGCUAGUAAAAAAUAAUAAUAAUCAUGUGUGUAAACAUGACGAAUGCCUAUUAAUUAUUAUACACAUUUACAAUAAUAAUUUGCAAAAAAACUGAACAUUUAAAUGUUUUAUAACCUAUUAUAAAUUUGUAUAAGUUAAUCAACAUUUAACUGUCUACAUAAUUUGUAUUUUGAAUUAAUUAUUUGUUUUGUAUUUCAAAAGAACUUUUUCUAGAAUCGUGAGAGACCUGAUUUUUGAUAUCGCAUUUCAAUCGUGUUUCAACAUGGUAAUAACGUACAAGUUUUUUUACAUUUUAUCGAUUAAUUAUUUAGCUAAUUAAUAAAAAUAUCGAUAAUCGGACUACUUACGAAUUUAGACAAAGUCCUACUCUACAAUUUGUAUAAUAGGUAUUUUUACCACAAAUCACGAGCUGUGUUACUUACUUUAAGUACGAAACCGUGUUUUUACGCCAUAUUUUUUGUUCACUAAACGACAAAAUAUUAAGGACAAGUGUCAAAAUUUCGACUCGGUGGUACCAGGGUUGCAUGGUCUAGCACUAUUCGUUCACCGUUCAUCGAUUUCGUCGGCAUAGACGAACAAAAAGUACAAAAACAUACAAAAAUAUUAUAUUAUACUCGUUCGACGUAUCCACCGCAUACGUUCCUGGUACUUAUAUACAAUUUACGUGGGACAUAGGCGGUUAGUGUGGCUAAUAUGGGUAAUAUAUAAUAUAUAAGG